AUGCGUCACUGUCGGGUGCAGUCCUUACCAUCUCGCACAGAGGUUUCUUGCAUCAGAACGGGCGAUGAUCGCCGACGGUUGGGUCACCAAGCAAGCUCGUCAUCGCAGCCACCGCAGGAAAGCCCAGACUCGGAAGGCAACCAGCAGCAGCAGCAGCAGCAGCAGCAGCAACAACAACAGCAACAGCAACAGCAACAGCAACAGCAACAGCAACAGCAACAGCAACAGCCGCCGCGACGGUCUCAGCGUCAGUUGGAACAAAAUCAAGCGCAGCAUGCGCCAGCACCGUUGGGCCCGAUUGAGCACACAGCGGUGCCAGAGCAUGACUUCUCCGUUGACGAGGCGCUUCGGGAGUGGGUCGAGGCUGCGCUUGCCUCGUCCACAUCCAUGACGUCUUCUGCUCCCUUUAACGAGCACGGACUCUCUGCGGCUCUUACCGCCACUGUCAGCCAGGAACACACCACCUUUCUGAACCAUGAUCAAGACCAGGCGCUAUUGGCCGCUGGUGAAGCACUUGCGUCCAGCUGGUUGCCACACGGGACUUCUGUUUCUGCACCGCAGAUCGGAGUUCCACUACGGACCACCGCUGUGCCGCAGACUACGACGGCGCCCGCUUUACUCUCUGAGCCGCGACCCAUGGAGGGCAUUCAACAAAAAGCCGAGGGACACCCUGGCAAGCUCGAGGUCGAGUACUGGAGGCACUUUGGGGCGAUCUCCGUGUUGCGGAACAGCAGACUGUUUCGGGUGGAGCUCGAGGUGCCGCACCACGUGGCAUUGGCCUUGGAUCUCAAGGAGCGUUCCAAGAGCGCUACCGUGAGGCGCCGAGAAGCCGGGCCAGAAGGAGUUGACGACCACGACAGCGACGGUGAGGACAGAGAUACGGGUAGCAGCACGGUGGAGCUGAGCUCUGUCUCAACACGUCAUAUGCGCGAGCGAACCACGUCCGACGUAAUCGCCAACGACAUGCCCCGCCUGUGGGUCACGCGCGCGCUCGUUCCCCUCUUCUUCGAGCGUCUGGGCGACAGCUUUCCCUUUUUCAAUGUCAACAUCUUCAGUGAACAAGGUCUGCGAGACGAUCCAAAGGGAAUCCCGCUUCUAUUGAACUCAGUCUGCGCGCUGAGCGCCCGAUUCACGCAGCUUCCCAUCAUCGCAAAGGGCCGUCCCGAAGAGCAGGCCUACACCUUUGGGGUCGACUUUGCCGAGCAUGCAAAGACGUACGUGCUGCCUCUGUUCAAGAGCCCCUCGGCCACGACGGUCGCCAGCCUGCUCAUCCUGGGGUGGCACGAGUUUGCGGUCAAUUCCGAGACGGGACUCUGGAUGUACUCGGGCAUGGCGAUGCGCAUGGCCGUGGAGCUCGGCCUUCACACGAGGCGUCUCGGACCAGAGUCCACGAGUGCAUUGCAGAGGACGACGCCGCCAGACCUCUCUCCCGAGAAUCUCUUCUGGACGACGUUCGCUCUCGACGCCACCGUGUCUAUCAUGACUGGUCGCACACCGUUCCUGUACGUCGACGACAUCACCAUCGACAGACCCGAGCUGAGCAGUGGGAGCGCGUUUGCCUACUACAUUCGAAUCUGCAUUCGCAUGCACAGGCUGGCCAGCUUUGCCUCCCGGUCGCGCACGCACCCAAAGAGCGAGAUUCUGCAGCAGAUCACCGAGACGUCGACGCUGCUCGACACGGAGUUUGCCCAGCUUCCUCUUCAUCUGCAAGCCACGCGGGCCAAUCUUGAGCGCAACGGCCAGCCGGCCAUGCUCCUCAACGUUCAUCUCUGGUACCACGGCUUGGUGAUGCUGCUGCACACGAGACCGUUCGAUGAGUUGCGCCUAUCCUCUGCGCCAGACGCGGAGGUGUGGCGGCGAACGUUUGCACAUCGGGCGAGGACGUCUGCACAACGGUGCUUCGACCUGGUCCUCCUUGCGAGGCAGUACGAUGAGUCCUUGCUCCUGCUGGGCCUGCCGCUUGCGUGCCACGUCUGUGCCCUGGCACACCGCGUCAUGACCGAAGAAGUGGAAGAGCUCGCGGCAGAAAAGGCAUGGGAACACACGGCUAGCGAUCGCGAACCGAGAGAGCAGCGCAGAGAGACGCCACUAGAAGACGAAGAAGAAGAAGAACGAGCGCUGGCAGUCGAGCAUCUGCGCAGCGCCAAGCUCUUUGAGGAUCUCCUCUCCUGGCAGCAGAAAUGGUGGGCUGGGGUCAAGUGGGCCCUAGUCUCUCUCCAGACGAGGCGAAUCCAACUGGCGCAACGGUUCGAUUUGAAGUCCGAGGGCGACAAUUCUUUGCCUUUGAUAUUGGAUCCGGAAUGCGAGCGCAGGAGUUACGCCACAUUGACUGAGAUGAAGACGCUCCAGCGGUUGACGAGGAGGUUAGGCGGCUCAAGGUAGAAGCGACUCACACGCUGCCUCACCGCUAGAAAAUGAAAAUUAGUCCAGCUUUUGGGAGGUCCCACGACGCUCACCGCCGUAUCAGCACGUCGCUGCAAUCUGCAUCGCCACACUGGUGUUUCUGAGAUUGCAAGUAUGUGCAAGAUAGUAUAUACAUCGCUUGAGGACGAAUCCGAGGACAAGAAAGAAGGCGAGAAAGUAAAAGCGGCC